AUGUAUAUGCGACGACUCCGGCUGCAGCUCGACCAGCGGGUUCGUCGGCCCGCGCUACAACGUGUCGGCCAGGCGCGGGUGUGCAGCAGCGGCGGCGAGCCACCGACCACAGACGCAGCAGACGUUGCCUCCUACAGUGGCACGCCUGCAGAGCUUGAGGCGGAGAUCCGGGAGCUGCUGGCAGAAAAGGUGGCGCCCGCCGUGCAGGCGGACGGCGGUGACGUCCACUACGAGCGGUUCGAUCACGACAGCGGCGUACUGACCAUUUCUCUCUCUGGCGCUUGCGUCGACUGCCCGAGCUCGACAAUCACGAUGCGGUUCAUGAUCAACAAUUGUGUACGAUACUCAGAUGCGACACACCAAGUGUCGAAGGUCGUCAGGCUCGGAUCUGAGGCGGAAGACAUGGACCUCUGA